GGAUACGAGGGAAAAUCAUCUCUUCGUUCGUGCGCGGUAAAAGUGCCAAAUGCGGUGAGGUGGGGGUAAAAGUUUCGGUGUUUCCUCGCCUUCUUUGCCGUGUUCCGACCUCAACGGCUCCUCUGCAGGAACGGAUGCGAGCGCAGCCCCGCGCGCCCCCGGAGCUGAAGUGGUUAAGAUUCCUCUGAAGGGAUAACGGCUCUGGCUGUGGACGGGGGGGUGGUUGGGGGGGAGAGGAGCGCAGCGGAGCCGUCCUGUUGACGCAUCUCCUCGGGAUGGGACUCGCUCGGGUUCGCCCAGCUGCCCAUUCCGUGGCCGGUGCUGAUGGGGAACGGAGGGGUCCGAGGAGGUGAGGAUGGACGCGCAGCUGGACGCACAUCUGGACACACCGGCGGCGACUGCCAACUUCACCCCGGCGGAGUAAACGGACCGUAUGCGGACAGUGACCGCUGGACAACUUCUUUUAUUCUCACAGAAGUCCUUGUUUCGUUACGCUCUUUAUUUUAUUCUUUUUAUUUUACAUCUGCAAAUACGGAAUGUUACUAAAUCGGUCGAUGCCGAAGAAGCGAAGCGGUCAUAGGAACUACUUCCUCCUGAAUGGACUCUCGUCGUGUGGUUGGACUGGAAAUAAAAGCAAAGUAACAAACUAAAUAAAAAUAUUUCAUAACAUAUAUUUCACUUCACGUGUUCGUGUGGCGGUUGGCGCGCGGAGCGCUUCAGCGCACGCGGAUCUUGAUGUCCCUGUUUGCCUCUGUCACCGUUUGACUUCCUGGCUCCAGACAGUCCAAACGCAGAGCUCAUUUGGUCACCCCAUGGCACAUUAGCCACUACUUCAGCUUCGCACCACCUUUGAGUUUCUCGGUACGCGUCCCCCAGGCGCUCCCUGCUUUAAGCCUACCUGCUGCCAGCUCUCAUGACAUCAUGCCCAUCAUCAGCAAUGCCAACCACGACUUCAGCAAUCUCUCGGUCAGUGAUGACAGCAGCCUCGACCGCAUGUUUACUGAGAUCCCUGAGACAGAGACAGUCAAGGGGGUCUACUACAAACGUGCCCAGCUGAUCCACCGGCCCGAGGACUUACGCACCAUUGACCAUGGUCUGCAGGCCAUCAUUAAUGUGGGGGGCAACCGGUACACCUUCCCAUGGAGCACACUGGAAGAGUUCCCCCUCACGCGCCUGGGCCGUCUGCGUUUCUGCAGCAGCCUGGAGGAGAUUGCGCAGGUAUGUGAUGACUACGAUGAGGCGGCCUGUGAGUACUUCUUUGACCGCAGCCCCUCUGCCUUCCGCGUCAUCCUCAACUUCCUGGCGGCCGGGAAGCUUCGGCUGCUGCGGGAGAUGUGCGUGCUCUCGCUGCAUGACGAGUUCACCUACUGGGGUGUGGAGAUGGCCUACAUGGAGCACUGCUGCAAGCGCAAGAUGUACACGCGCCUCGAGGAGGCAGCUGAGCAGGAGCGGCGGGAGGAGGAGCGGCGGCAGAGGCGUACACAGGUGCGCCCCCCAGUGGAUGAGACGCGCUACCGCAGGCUCAUGAGCCGCCUGCGAGAUGUGGUGGAGAAUCCACAUUCGGGGCUGCCGGGGAAGAUGUUUGCCUGCCUGUCAGUCAUCAUGGUGGCAGUGACAGUGGUGAGCCUCUGCAUCAGCACCAUGCCUGACCUUCGGGAGGAAGAGGGCAGGGGCGAGUGCUCUCAGAAGUGCUACCACAUGUUUGUCGUAGAGACAGUGUGUGUGGCCUGGUUCUCCCUGGAGUUCCUGCUGCGCUUCAUCCAGGCUCGGAGCAAGCUGGAGUUCCUGCGCGGACCCCUCAACAUCAUCGACGCUAUGGCCAUCCUUCCCUACUAUGUGUCCCUGGUGGUGGAGGAGGACUCCCCUCUGGAACGGGAGCGCUCGGGUGGCAGUCGCGGGUACCUGGACAAGCUGGGGCUGGUGUUGCGUGUGCUACGGGCGUUGCGCGUUCUUUACGUGAUGCGGCUGGCACGUCACUCGCUGGGCCUGCAGACGUUGGGGUUGACCGUGCGCCGUAGCACACGGGAGUUUGGCCUGUUGCUGCUCUUUCUCACCGUAGCCGUGGCGCUGUUCGCCCCACUGGUGCACCUGGCCGAGAGCGAACUUGCUGGCGCCCAGGACUUCAGCAGUGUCCCUGCCUCCUACUGGUGGGCCAUCAUCUCCAUGACAACCGUGGGCUACGGCGACAUGGUUCCGCGUAGCGUCCCCGGCCAGGUGGUGGCUCUGAGUAGCAUCCUCAGUGGCAUCCUCAUCAUGGCUUUCCCAGCGACCUCCAUAUUCCACAUGUUCUCGCGCUCCUACCAGGAGCUCAAGCUGGAGCACAAACGGCUGCAGGAGGAGGAGAAUGCUGCUGCUCUCACUGCUUCCAAGCACGAGGGGGAGGAGGAGGAGGCAGAAGAAGGGGUCAGUGCCCCGUGUUCGUCUCCCGAACGUCCAUUCUUCCCUGAUGUGGACACAGCCCUUUCCCAGGAGCGCUUGCCACUAGUAGAGAGUGGACAGGAAUGCUCCGGGACCAAUCGACCGGGCCUCCCUGCUGGACCCUUCUGACCCCAGAAUGCUGCCAGACAGUAGCACAACUCCUUAAACUGUUGACAGCUUCCCUUCGGUCCAGGAACACUGGAGAGCAUCCCCCACUUCUCAGUGAGAGCAAAUGGUGUGGAGUACCCUGGGUAAAAGCAUGAUAGGUUUCAGAUGGGAGUCCAAAGUUGUCCCACGUCCCUUCAUGGGCCCUCUCACAGGUUCAUUUCUCUCUUGGUGUGUUUCUGCUUGCACAUCACUACAUGAGGCAGUGGAGUGUCUUGUAUCCACAUGCUGCCAACACAGCAGUACCUCCAAAGAGUCCAUUCUAGAGGAACUCAGGCAGAGUGAGUCUUUUCACUUGGAGACAAAACUGAAUGUUAAGGAUCCAAAUAAAACAUAAGCCAUUGAAAACACUUGCAUAGGUCUUGUGAUCUUGUAGACUGUGUUCUUUGAAGAGCCCUUUAAAUCUCUCCUAGUCCAAACAUAGGUUUUUAGAGCGAGGUAAGGAGGUUGUUUCUUGCCAUCUGCUCGGUGGAUAACACAAAGAGGGCGGCACAUGUUGCAGGUCCUCGCAUCCAUGGAACCGAGCAGAAACACUGCAGCAAGGCAGGUCUGCUAGCAGCUGCCGUGUGAAGUCGUCUUGUCAAAGAAGUGCAGGAGCAACACAUGUUCCCUGUCUGUGGACUGAAAGAAUGCCAAUGCCACAUGUCUGCAGAUGAACAUUCACAUGUCAGGGAUCGUGGGAUCAUCUUUAACUCCGAAAUUAGAAUGUGAUGGUCAGGGGGCACAGCUCAUCACCAGAUGUCAGUGUGAUGCUGAUGAACAGGGGAUUAUGUCUAACCUUAGUCCUCACAGAACUGAUAUUUGCUGAUUGCUGCCAUGUAGCUGUAAAGCAAAACUAAAAAUGCGUUAAAUCUCCGUGAUCAUUUAGAGAUCUUUUCCAGACCAUGACUGAGAGUGUGACCAAUUUAAAUUUAUUACAUUGUCUUUAAUAACCAUAAUUAGUGCCAGUUUAAAGGACUUUUACUGAGAUAGAAAGGUCAGAUGUUUAAUUA